CCAUUUGCAACCCCAUAUCUUCCCCCCGGAGCCGUCGCGUUCACGAGCCUUCUUCGAGACUUCCUUCCCUUUGCUUCCACGAGCCGUCGCCUGCGGUCGAUCACCCAUCGCUUCACGAGUCAACGCGGCGAGCGCUCGGCAACUGUAACGCUUUCGGCUUAGAGAGAGAGCAUGCCCUGCCCGUACCGCAGUGCCCCGACUUAAUAUCGGCUUUUCACGAGAUCUCCACGCCGGUACAAUCUUCAUAUGGAGACCAUCAUACCGGAAAGCUCGCCUCUGGCAGCCUACCUUGAAGGUUAGUUACCUCUUGCAUACUUCCACGUACACCACACCCUGCCGCAUCCUCCUUUCGACUGUCCUCUCCGCCUGCAAGCCGACACAACCACACACGCACAAACAUAUAUGCACACGAACACACAUACGCCCGCGCACACACACACCAACCUCCGCCGUCUCAGCACUGCCUUCGUUUCCUUGCCUCGGCGCGCAAAACCCUUGCACUUCGCCUAAGACACAAGCCCCCCCAAAUCAGCGCGUCAUACGACACGGUCAUGGGUGGUGGUGACGGUGGUGAUGUGGCCGACGCGACGACAUGCUGUACAUCUCGCUACACGUUAAAGUGGUAGUGUUGCUGGCUAGGAUGCUAAAGGCGUGCCAUUAUGCAGGCGAAGGUCAGAGGACCGACAACGACGGUCACGAGCCCUGGAUCACGGCAACUCCACCCUCUGAACCAAAUUCACCCGCCAGAUCCUCCGCCCCGUCGGUGGCCGAGUCGAGGACGACGAACGAUGACGCGGUCUUCGCCUCAAGCUUUGCACCCAAGAGACCCACGGUUGGGCGCAGCAUCCGGCACCGGCUUCCGCAGCCGCUGAAGUUGAAGAUACCAAGCGAAGGCCCCGUAGCGAGGAUGCAUGAAGUGUGCUCGAGGGCGGUAAAUUCAAGGUUAGGAAGGGCGGACAACGCGCGAUUUCUAGAGCACUUCCGGUACAUCUUGGUCGCGUCGCAGCUGCUGUCUGAAAACCAAGGAUUUGUGCCCCCCAAGCCUAUGCAGACCAGUGCCGACGGUACAAACGAGCCUCUGAACGAGUAUAAAGCCACUGCCACAAGCGUAACUGGCGCAUUUUUGACGGCGACCACGUCUUUUGCCGUCGUGUGGCUUAUUCACUGGGCAAGGGCCGGUAGAGCGCGUGGCUUCAGUACGGGAAGGGCGCUCAUUGUCUUGUCAGUGCUGAUCGCAGCGGCCAUGGUUCUGUACGCGUGGGCAAGACGUCGGUGGUUGCAGAACCUAAGACAGAAUGCUGUAAACAGCGCGUCCGUGCUUGUCACGAACUUGCAAGCCUUCGAGGCGUCAACUUCUGCUGCGCUCAUACUUGUGCAAGAGGUGGAACUGGUGUCGAAGGGCUACAGAAUAGGAACGCCACUACCCCCGAUCUCGAGAAUGGAUGACGAUGGCCAGGGGAGACGGUGCGCCCGGAUACGACGAUGCUUGAAGGGUGCAUUUGCAGCGAGCAUACCACCUUUCCUCGAUGCGUGCUCGGACUUGCGAGACCUGAUUUCGGAGGAUGAUCUUGACAAAUACCUGGACGUCUACGAGAUCACGUACCAAGACAUCACUGAGGCCUACCAAGGCUUUUCAACCUCAGAGUUUGAGGACCCAGAGUCCCUCAAGGCUUUGAGAAUAUUGCAAGCACGGCUCAAUAUCUUGCGACGCGUCGCCCUUUGCGCGCUUCUGUCCAUGGAAGCAGACGGCGCGCGUCCAGACUUUGAUCGAUGGAAGACGGCCGUCGACACGAUGGAACGCUUAGCAGCUGUGAGCGGUGACUGGGCGGAGAAGAUGAACAAACUGCUGGACGAGGAACAGACUUUCGUCCUUCCUACACCAGCUACGCCGCACCGAGCGAGGGAUCCCGAACGCCAGAAGUUCAGAGCUCAGAUACAGAAGCUUAGCGCUCUGUCAUCCGGCAUCAGAGGCCUUCAAGCCAAGAUGCAGAUCCUUCGCGAGGAGUCAAUCAAGAGCAUCGACGAAGCAGACGAUCUCUCAGACUUGGGCCCGAGGCUAAUGGUACAAUACGACGCCAUUGGUCAAGAUCUGAGGGCGUUGGUGCAAGCUUGGGAGAGUGGCAAGGCCAGCCUGGUGCUCAACAUUGACCGCCGCGAAUCGAGAAGAAUAUCGUUAGCGUCAUCGGGCUUACGCUCUCCGGUACCGUCGCUGGGCGGCUUGACGGCCGUCGAUGAGUCUGUAGGUGGCACACCCUCGGACGCUCUCAGAGCAUUGAACGGCGAAGCGCCGUUGCACAAUCGCUUCUCGUUCGCCAGCUCGGACAGCCCCAUCGCGGGCUCAAACAGCGAUGAGGAGAUAUUCGAGGCCAUCGCAAACCCAAAGACACGCUUCUCGCUCACUCGUGAGCAACGCAUCGCACGUCUGAAGGAGGAAAGCGAGCGCAUGGCCUCGUUCAAGGAGAGACGCGAACGCGAGGGCAGCAUGCUCAAGGAGCUUGAGAGCGUCAUGGCCAAGCGGCCCGCCUACGCCCAUCGGAAACGAAACACAAUCGCCAUCCCCGGACCUAUGCCUCCUCUUCCAGGAUCGAGGAAUUACAGUUCGAACUUUUGACUUCAGCACGCAUCAUCCAGCAUAAUCGGCGUUUCAUCGAGAGAAAUUCUUUUGUUCCCCCACCAAUGGCACCAGUGGGGUUUUUUUUUGUUUUGGGCAUCACCUAUGGCCCCCUACAUGUACGCGUCAUCGAGAUGCCCAGAUCCAUCUCCGGGAGUUCGUUUUGUUUCUUUUCUUCGUUUAGUCUUCCAAUCCUACCCUUCUUAGUGGGCCCGAUCCUCACGCUGGGAUCGAGAAGGACGCAUCUUACAACGUCGGAAUAGAUAACCACGCCUUACUUCCUUACUUUUUUUUUUCUUUCCCUCUCCCCCUCCCUUUCCAUUUGCCAAGCCAUCUUUUGGCGGAGGAACUCGGGUAUUGGGGGGGGGGCAACCAUUCUCUCAACAUGAACAUUCGUCACGUUUUGGAUCUGAUAUUUUAAACAAAAGAGAAAUGGGCGUAAUCGCGUAUUGGCGGGGCCGGAUCGGAUGGGCGGGUGGAUGGGUUUUGAAACGGCCCUUGAUGAAAUAAUAUACACAUAUACAUAUAUACAUACGCAUGUGUACGAUAAUUCUUUAGCUAAGAGGGACAACACCUCCAUCUCCUUCAGUAUAGAACUUAAGCGUAAUUCUAACACCGCCCUG